AGGGGACUCAAGCAGGACACCGUCCUAGCCCUUUAUCCCAGGAGGGGGCAGGAAGAUGGCCCUGGUCUUGUGGGCCUUUGCUUUGUUGGGCUCCGUCUGCCUGGCAGCAGCCAACAUCUUUGAGUACCAGGUGGAUGCGCAGCCACUCCGCCCCUGUGAGCUGCAGAGGGAGAAGGCCUUUCUGAAGCAGGAUGAAUAUGUCCCACAGUGCUCUGAAGAUGGGAACUUCCGGACAGUUCAAUGCCAAAAUGAUGGCCGAUCCUGUUGGUGUGUGAAUGUUGACGGGCGGGAAGUACCUGGCAGCAGGCAGCUGGGGAGGCCAAAAGCUUGUCUGUCCUUCUGCCAGCUACACAGGCAGCGGAUCCUGCUGAGCAGCUACAUUAACAGCACAGACGCCCCCUACCUCCCUCAGUGCCAGGGCUCCGGGGACUAUGCCCCCGUGCAGUGUGACCUGUGGCAGGCGCAAUGCUGGUGUGUGGACACAGAGGGCAUGGAGGUGUACGGCACCCGCCAGCUGGGGCGGCCAACGCGGUGUCCAAGGAGCUGUGAGAUACGAAACCGCCGUCUCCUCCACGGGGUGGGAGACAAGUCGCCACCCCAGUGCUCUGCAGAUGGGGACUUCAUGGCUGUCCAGUGCAAGUUUGUCAACACCACAGACAUGAUGAUUUUUGAUCUGAUCCACAGCUACAACAGGUUUCCAGAUGCAUUUGUGACCUUCAGUUCCUUCCGGAGCAGGUUUCCUGAAGUGUCUGGGUACUGUUACUGUGCUGACAGCCAGGGGCGGGAGCUGGCUGAGACAGGUUUGGAGUUGUUACUGGAUGAAAUUUACGACACCAUUUUUGCUGGCCUGGACCGAGCUUCCACGUUCACUCAAAGCACCCUGUACCGGAUAUUGCAGAGACGCUUCCUGGCCAUUCAGUUACUCAUCUCUGGAAGAUUCCGAUGCCCCACCAAAUGUGAAGUGGAACAAUUUGCUGCCACCAGCUUUGGUCACCCACACGUCCCCAGAUGCAGCAGAAAUGGGGGCUUCCAAGCCAUACAGUGCCAGACAGAAGGGCUGUGCUGGUGUGUGGAUGCCCAGGGGACGGAGAUCCCUGGCACUCGGCAGCAAGGGCAGUCGCCGUCUUGUGCUGAAGGUCAGUCAUGUGCCUCAGAAAGGCAGCAGGCCUUGUCCCUGCUCUACUUCGGAACCCCAGGCUACGUCAGCCAGCAGGACCUGUCGUCUUCUGAGGACAGGCAGGUCCCUGCGAGUGGAGCCAGACUGGCCGCCUCCUGCCCACCUACAAUCAAGGAACUCUUUGUCGACUCUGGGCUUUUCCGCUCUGUGGCUGGGGAGCAGCACCAACAGCUUUGGGCGUCAGGAGGUCUCCUUGGAGAAGCCAUCAGAGCCGUCUUCCCCUCGCGAGAGCUGGCUAGCCUUGCGCUUCGUUUCACCACCAACCCUAAGCGACUCCAGCAAAACCUCUUUGGAGGGGCAUUUUUGGUAAACGCUGCCCGGUUUAACUUGUCGGGAGCCCUUGGUACAAGAGGCACCUUUAACUUCAGCCAGUUUUUCCAGCAGCUCGGUCUCCCAGGCUUCCAGGAUGGAGGCAGAGCGAAGGAUCUAACCAAACUAAGCCCAGUGGGAGUGGACUCUGCCCCGGGAACUUCCAGCGUCUCUGAGAAGACAGAGGCUACGAGUAAACCGGUUGAGGGGACCUUCGGCUUCAGAGUCAACUUCCAGGAGAACCAAGAUGCCUUGAAAUCCCUUGCUUCCCUCCUGGACCUUCCGGAGUUCCUGGUCUUCUUGCAGCGCGCUCUCUCUGUGCCUGAAGAUGUAGCGGGGGACUUAGGGGAUGUGGCGGAAAUGGUGUUCCGUGCUCAGGCUUGCGGACAGACACCUGGAAGGCUCUUCGUCCCAUCAUGCACUGCUGCAGGCGGCUAUGAGGACAUCCAGUGCCAUGCUGGAGAAUGCUGGUGCGUGGAUUCCCGGGGCAAAGAACUCGAGGGCUCCAGAGUCCGCGGUGGACGCCCAAGGUGCCCCACCAAGUGUGAGCAGCAAAGAGCUCAGAGGCAACGCCUCGCCGGCGGUCAGCCCGCUGGCUCCAGCUUCUUCGUCCCGUCAUGCACCCGUGAAGGCUAUUUCCUGCCUGUCCAGUGCUUCAACUCAGAAUGCUACUGCGUGGAUGCAGAAGGUCAGGCUAUCCCUGGAACCCAAAGUACAAUCGGCGAACCCAAGCAGUGUCCCAGCGUCUGCCAGUUACAAGCUGAGCAAGCUUUCCUGGAGGCAGUGCAGGCCCUGCUGUCCAACUUCAGCUCGCCGCCCUCCCCCUCCAGUGUCUACAUCCCUCAGUGCAGCACCAGUGGGCAGUGGAGGCGCGUGCAGUGCGACGGACCCCCGGAGCAGGUCUUCGAGUGGUAUGAACGGCGGGACGCUCAGAACAGCGAUGGCCAGGAGCUGACCCCGACAGUGAGCCAUAGAGAAGCAGCUUCUGGAAACUUCAGUCUCUUUCUUCAGCGUCUCUAUGAGGCUGGCCUACAAAGCGUCUUCCCCGUGCUGGCGCAGUACCCUUCCCUUCAGGAUGUCCCACAGGCAGUGCUGGAGGGAGCCCCGGCUCAGCCUGGGGAGAACGUUCUCCUCCACCCGUACAUCUUCUGGCAGAUCCUCAGUGGCCAGCUCAGACGCUACCCGGGGCCCUACACAGACUUUAGCACGCCUUUGGCACACCUCCACCUCAGGAGCUGCUGGUGUGUGGAUGAGACCGGCCGGGAGCUGGAUGGGACUCGGAACAAGCCAGGCGAGAUCCCAACAUGUCCUGGCCCCUGUGAGGGAGUGAAACUCCGUGCCCUGAAGUUCAUCAAGGAAACGGAAGAGAUCGUCUCGGCCUCCAAUGGUUCUUCGUUUCCUCUGGGAGAGAGUUUUCUAGUGGCCAAGGGAAUCCAGCUGAGCAGUGAGGACCUUGGCCUUCCUCCUCUCUACCCAUCCCGGGAGGCUCUCAAUGAGAAGUUUCUACGUGGGGGUGAACAUGCCAUUCGUUUGGCUGCCCAGUCCACGUUGGAAUUCUAUCAGAGACUCCGUGCUUCCCAGGGAACGUCCGAUGGAGCUGCGGGUCUGCUGUGGCCAGAACCCUAUGUGCCACAGUGUGAUGUUCUUGGCGGCUGGGAGCCCAUGCAGUGCCACGGCGGGACUGGACAGUGCUGGUGUGUGGAUGGGCGGGGAGAAUUCAUCUCAGCCUCACUGACUACAAGCUCUACCCAGAUGCCCCAGUGCCCCACAAGCUGCGAGCUCUCCCGAGCCAACGGGCUGCUCUCUGCGUGGAAGCAGGCGGGACCCCAAAGCAACCCAGGUCCCGGAGAUCUGUUCACCCCCACCUGCCUACAGACAGGACAGUACGCCAGGCAGCAGUCAUCACAGACAGGAACUUGGUGUGUGGACCCAGCCUCAGGAGAACGGAUGCCACCAAGCACAAACAGCAGUGCUCAGUGCCCAGGCCUCUGUGAUGUUCUCAGGAGUGGAACCCUGACCCAGAAAGCCAGCCCUGGCUAUACCCCAAUCUGUGAGGCCCAGGGCGGAGGCUUCUCCCCAGUGCAGUGUGACUUGGCCCAGGGCAGCUGCUGGUGUGUCCUGAACAAUGGAGAGGAAGUGCCUGGGACCCGCGUGGUAGGCACCCAGCCUGCCUGUGACAGCCCACGGUGUCCACUGCCGUUCUCUGAGUCAGACGUGGCUCAUGGAGGGGUCUUCUGCGAGACGGCCGCUGGCCCGGGAGUGACCGCCGUUCAGCAGUGCCAGCUGCUCUGCCGAGAGGGCCGUCAGAGUGCAUUCCCACCAGGGCCACUGAUUUGUAGCCUGGAGAGCCGGCGCUGGGUGUCACCGCCCCCACCACCUGGAGCCUGCCAGCGGCCUCAGCUGUGGCAGACCAUGCGAACGCAAGCACACUUCCAGCUCCUGCUCCCACCAGGCAAGAUGUGCAGUGCCGACUACUCCGGCCUGCUGCAGGCCUUCCAGGUCUUCGUGCUGGAUGAGCUGACAAGCCGUGGCUUCUGCCAGAUCCGGGUGAAGGCAUUUGGGACUCCGGUUUCCAGCACUGUCUGUGACAACUCCUCGGUUCAGGUGGGAUGUCUGACGGCAGAGCGUUUAGGAGUUAAUGUCACGUGGAAAUUACAGAUCCAGGACAUCUCAGUGACCUCACUUCCAGAUUUGCCGAGCAUCGAAAGGGCUUUAGUGGGCCAGGAUCUCCUUGGGCGCUUUGCAGAUCUGAUCCAAAGUGGCAAGUUUCAGCUUCAUUUGGACUCCAAGACAUUCCCAGCAGACACAUCCUUGUACUUCCUCCAUGGGGACAGCUUUGUCACCUCUCCCAGGACUCAGCUUGGGUGCUUGGAAGGAUUCUACAGAGUAUCAGUGACCAGUCAGGACCCUCUGGGCUGUGUGAAAUGCCCCGAAGGAAGCUUCUAUCAGGAUGGGCUAUGUACUCCCUGUCCCGUUGGCACCUACCAGGAACAGGCAGGCAGCUCGGCCUGCAUCCCAUGCCCAAGAAGCAGAACGACCAUCUCUGCUGGCGCCUUCAGCAAGACUCAUUGUGUCACCGACUGUCAGAGGAAUGAGGCCGGCCUACAGUGUGACCAGGAUGGCCAAUACCAACCCAGCCAGAGGGACAGGGACAGUGGGGCAGCCUUCUGUGUGGACAGUGAGGGACAGAGGCUACAGUGGUCGCAGACAGAGGCUGGACUCUCAGACUCCCAGUGCCUGACAAUACAGAAGUUUGAGAAAGUUCCAGAAGUGAAGGUGAUCCUUGACUCCAGUUCUGCUGUGAUAGUCAAGUCCAAAGUUCCUGGUACUGGCUCUCCACUGGUGCAGUGCUUGGCAGAUUGUGCAGACGAUGAGGCCUGCAGCUUCCUCACGGUGUCCACAGUGGGCCCCCAGGUUUCCUGCGACUUCUAUUCUUGGACAAGAGACAACUUUGCCUGCGUGGCUCUUGACCAGGACCAAGAUGCUGCGGGCAGCUCGAAGGCAACUAGCUUCAGAAGCCUUAAGUGCCAGGUGAAAGUGAGGGCCAGCGGUGCAGAUUCUCUGGCCGUGUAUGCGAAGAAAGGCCACACAUCCACUGCCACUUCUCAGAAGAGCUUCGAACCAACAGGCUUUCAAAACGUGCUCUCCGGGCUGUACAGCCCUGUCGUGUUCACAGCCUCGGGAACUACCCUGACAGAUGCACACCUCUUCUGCCUGCUUGCCUGUGACCGUGACUCCUGCUGUGACGGCUUCAUCCUCGCACAGGUCCAAGCAGGGCCCACCAUCUGUGGACUUCUCAGUUCUCCCGACGUUCUGGUUUGCCACGUCAGUGACUGGAGGGAUGACUCUGAUACUCAGGCCAAUGCUACAUGUGCUGGGGUAACAUAUGACCAGGGGACCCGCCAGAUGGCCUUGAUGCUGGGAGGCCAACAGUUCCUGCAGGGUCUGACACUCUCAGAGGGCACCCAAGAAGCUGCCGCCAGCUUCCAGCAGGUUUACCUCUGGAAAGAUUCUGACGUGGGCUCUCGGCCUGAGUCUAUGGGAUGUGAACGGGACAUGGUACCGAAGUUAGACUCCCCAGCAGAAGCAGAUGCGGCAACAGAACUUUUCCUCACUCUGGACACUACCCAGGUCAUUGUCAACGCAAGCCACUCACUGCCCAGCAAGCAGUACUGGCUCUUCACACAUCUGUUUUCAGCAGAGCAGGCGAGCCUGUGGUGCCUUACUCGGUGUGCCCAGGAGCCCACUUUCUGUCGACUCGCAGACAUAACAGAGACUGCACCUUUGUAUUUCACCUGCUCCCUCUACCCAGAAGCCCAGGUCUGCGACAAUGUCCUGGAAUCUAAUGCCAGGAACUGUAGCCAGGUUCUGCCCCGCCAACCAAUGGCCCUCUUCCGGAAGAAAGUUGUGCUGAAUGAACGAGUGAAGAACUUUUAUACUCGCCUGCCAUUCCAAAAGCUCAUGGGGAUUUCCAUCAGAGACAAAAUUCCUAUGUCUGGGAAGCCCAUUUCCAAUGGGUUCUUUGAAUGCGAGAGGCUCUGUGACAGGGACCCGUGCUGCACUGGCUUUGGUUUUCUAAAUGUCUCCCAGCUACAAGGAGGAGAGGUGGCCUGCCUGACUCUGAACAGCAUGGGGAUUCACACAUGCACUGAGGAGAACCGAGCUGCCUGGCGCAUUCUGGACUGUGGCUCUGAGGACACCGAAGUCUACACCUAUCCCUUUGGGUGGUACCAGAAGCCUGCUUUGCAGAGUGGUAUCCCCAGCUUCUGCCCUUCUGCUGCCCUGCCAUCCCUCACCGAGGAAAAGGUUGCUCUGAACGCCUGGCAGGCUCUGCCCCUCUCCUCAGUGACUGUAGACCCAUCCAUCAAGCACUUUGAUGUUGCCCAUAUCAGCUCUGCAGCCACCAGUAACUUCUCUGUGGCCCGGGACUUCUGCUUGCAGGAAUGCUCCCGCCACCAGGCCUGCCUUGUCACCACCCUGCAGAUCCAGCCUGGGGGUGUGAGGUGUGUGUUCUAUCCUGAUACACAGAGCUGCACGCACAGCCUACAGAGCCAGACCUGCAGGCUUCUGCUCCGUGAAGAGGCUGCGCACAUCUACCGGAAGUCUGGAAUCCCUCUGCUCCUCUCUGAUGCAGCAUCCGCUCCUUCCGUACGCAUUGACCCCUUCGGCCAGCUUCAGGGUGGGUCCCAGGUCGUCCAGGUGGGCACUUCUUGGAAGCAGGUCUACCAGUUCCUUGGCGUUCCCUAUGCUGCCCCACCCUUGGGAGACAAUCGCUUUGGACCACCAGCGCCCUUGAAUUGGACGGGCUCCUGGGACGCCACCAAACCAAGGGCCAGUUGCUGGCAGCCAGGUGCCCGUACCCCAGCGCCUCCUCAAAUCAGUGAAGACUGCUUGUAUCUUAAUGUGUUUGUUCCCGAGAACCUGGUCUCCAAUGCAUCCGUUCUGGUGUUCUUCCACAACACCAUGGAGAUGGACGGCAGCGGAGGACAGCUGACCAUCGAUGGCUCCAUCCUGGCUGCAGUUGGCAGCUUCAUUGUAGUCACUGCCGAUCACAGAGUGGGGGUCUUCGGCUUCCUGAGUUCAGGCUCUGACGACGUAGCUGGAAACUGGGGGCUGCUGGACCAGGUGGCAGCUCUGACCUGGGUGCAGGCCCAUAUCGGAGCAUUUGGUGGGGACCCUCGGCGUGUGACAUUGGCAUCAGACCGCGGUGGGGCCGACGUGGCCAGCAUCCACCUCAUCACCAGGGCUGCCAGGCUCCAGCUCUUCAGGAGGGCUCUGCUCAUGGGAGGCUCCGCACUGUCCCCAGCUGCUGUCAUCAGCCCAGACAGGGCCCAACAGCAAGCUGCGGCCUUGGCAAAGGAGGUUGGAUGCCCUACCUCAUCCAUCCAGGAAGUAGUGUCCUGCCUCCGCCAGAAGCCCGCCAACAUCCUCAACGAUGCUCAGACCAAGCUCUUGGCUGUCAGUGGCCCAUUCCACUACUGGGGCCCUGUAGUUGACGGCCAGUACCUGCGCGAGGUUCCAGCCCAAGCGUUGAAGAGGUCCCUGCCAGCAAAGGUGGAUCUGCUCAUAGGGGGUUCUCAGGACGAUGGGGUCAUCAACAGGGCCAAGGCUGUGAAGCAAUUUGAGGAGAGCCAAGGCCGAACCAACAGCAAGACAGCCUUUUACCAGGCACUGCAGAAUUCACUAGGCGGCGAGGACUCAGAUGUCCGCGUCCUCACGGCCGCUGUAUGGUAUUACUCCCUGGAACACUCCACAGACGACUACGCCUCCUUCUCCCGGGCACUGGAGAAUGCCACCCGGGACUACUUCAUCAUCUGUCCCAUGAUCAACAUGGCCAGCCUCUGGGCAAGCAGAAGCCGUGGAAACGUCUUCAUGUACCACGUGCCGGAAAGCUAUGGGCAUGGCAGCCUGGAGUUGCUGGCAGACGUGCAGUACGCCUUUGGGCUGCCCUUCUAUCCUGCCUACCGGGGCCAAUUCUCCACGGCGGAGCAGAGCCUGUCCCUGAAAGUCAUGCAGUACUUCUCCAACUUCAUCAGAUCGGGAAAUCCCAACUACCCGCACGAGUUCUCGAGGAAGGCAUCCGAGUUCACAGCACCCUGGCCUGACUUCGUCCCUGGAGCUGCAGGAGAGAGCUACAAGGAGUUCAGUGCCCAGCUUCCCAAUCGCCAGGGCCUGAAACGGGCUGACUGCUCCUUCUGGUCCAAGUACAUCCAGGCUCUGAAGGACACAGGUACAGGAGCCAAGGAUGCACAGUUAACCAGCAGCGAAGAGGAAGGCGUGGCAGGGGAGAUUGGGCUGGAUGAAGGCGUCUCUGGCUCCCUGGAGACUGGCCCUAAGACCUACAGCAAGUGACCAGCCCUGAGACCUCCAUCCACCCUGCCAGCGCCAUCUCAAACUGCCUGACAUGGUGAUUCUGCUGUGUACAACCCUUUGCUUUCAAUAAAAUGUCUGCAUACAACAAAA